AUGUUCCGUCCGAGCCGUGCAUGGGCAAACGAUGGCUUUGAGGCAUAUCGACUAGCCACUGCAAGUAAUGUGCACAUGCAUGUGCAUGCUCUUCCAAAAAGCGUACUUGUCCAUAACGUACAUGCCGCUGCCACAGUUGGGUACAAGGAGCUCAAGGCCCAAUCAGCUCAAAAGCCACUUGCCGCACUCAAUAAUGCCGUUGCCUACGUGGCAUCGGACGGAUCGGUCGUGCAAGCAAAUCUACACGAGAGUGUAGCAUCAUUCCAAGUGCAUGAAAACCCAUGUGCGGAUGCGUGGAACGGCGCUGAGCGUAUGCCAUCGGUGGUGGCGCUCGAUCCAUCGACGUGGAUCGUGAGCGGGAUGGGCUCCUCGAUCUUCGUCAUUGAGGAGCAAGCACAGUACAUGAUUCACAUUCCCGAUAUCCCAGAUUCCGAGAAAGAGUCACGCCAAAAUCGUGCAGCGAAUCUCCCCUGGUAUGUCUUUCAAGCUGAGGCCGCGUCAGAUCAUGUCCUGUUCCUGCUUCAGCGAGCAUUUCGAUUGCGCGACACACACCAAACCGGGUUCGAUAUUAUUCGCGUGGCGGUUUGUGACAGACAACCCGAAAUUUUAUGGCACGUUACGUGCGCGCAGCCUAUUAUGUAUGCGCAUUGCCACGGGCGUCAAGCACUCCUGGGCGCUGAGGUGCCUGUAUCUACGACAGAUGACACAGGCUCUGUACCUCGUGUACCUCCUUACACGUGGAAGCAAGACAAUCAAUCUGUUACAGUCACGUUUACGCUGCCUUUGAGCGUGCAGAAGCAACAAAUGCACGUGUCACUUUCUCAGCAAGGCUUUCGUGUGUCAUUGGAGGCUCCAGAAGCACGUAUCAUUUCUCUGGACGAGUGCACAUCGCUGGAGCCACAAAUUGUUGCAGAGGAAUCGUUACGUCGAGGUUUGUACGAAGCAUGCACACUGUGGGCACCCAUCCAUCCCGACGAUAGCACAUGGACGUGGGAGCCACAUGCUCAACACCAUGUCUUGGCCUUACAUUUGGCCAAAGCCCAUCCAGGCACUCGCUGGCCGAGUGUAUUUUCAGACGAUGAUGGUGUAUCUGAGACGCUUGAUGCAUCUGAACUAACCCCUAUGCUUGACCGCACAAACAAAUACACCUCGUCGAGUCUUCUUCAAGACGGCCUUGAGGACGAGGACUGGCAGAAUGGUACGUCUUGGGUCAUUUCAUACGUGGACGCAAAUGGUCUUGUAUCACAAGCAAAGGAUCAAGCAACGUUCUUGGCUUCCAGUGUAUCUAAGAGCUGCCUUGGUAUAGAUCCAGCCAUUUUACUUAAAUACGACGUCGACGGCCAUGUGUUUGUUCCUCCAAGAGCGCCUCUGUCUUUAGACGCCUGGACUCACACAGAGACGGUACCGGCUAUUAGCUAUGUUCUUGCCUCAAAGCGCGAUGCUCAUCCCGUGUACAUGUAUCGCAAUGGGCUAGCGACGUGGCUCAUCGUCAUCGAGUCACGGCCUUAUUCUGCACCAAAGCAUUCAGGCUCGCUGAUCUACAUAUAUGGAGCGCCCGGCUCGCCGCGUGCAGAUCAUGCGUCUUUGGCACCAGCAGCCUUGGCUGAAGCAGUGAGAAGAAACGAGCCACCAGCGUCAGGUUUGUGUCGUGUGCUUUCUAUCGACGCAGGGCCUAUCCUUGAUGUGGUAGUGCUUCCAAACCAGGGAGAACGGAUGGUUUGUCUUUGUGAAUCAUCGCUCCUCAUCAUCGACGGGGCAUUUUCGCUCUGA